AUGGCGACCAAAGCUGGUGAGACGCAAAGCGGGCUGGAAGCCCGACUGAUAGCCGAAGCACGGAUGCGGAGAGCAGCCGCACGAGAGAGCACCCGCAGUGGCUACCACCCGGAUCGCACGCGUAGGCGCUCCCGCCUCAAGGUUGCCCGCCUCGGCCGAGACGGCUCGGUCGCCCGAGAGACGCCGCUCUUUGCACCGCGCCGUACCUCGGUCCCGCUCACCCUCUCUGCCGGCACUGCCUCGCGCCACUACACACGAACCUAUGUCGCCUACGAGAACGAGCUCGCUGCCAAGAAGGCUGCUCUCCGUGAGCCGGCGGAUGCGUCAGGCAAGGAUCCGGGGUGUGGCCGUGGUGCCGCAGGUGGAGGCCACAGUCGAGUCCUCGACGCUGCCCAAGCCGAGUUCACCGUCGCCCCCUCGGCGGCGUUCACCAUCACCGAGCCGACGCAAGUCGCCUUCACCGCGCCCAAAGACGCCGUCUCCAUGCGCGAGACCCAGGAGGAAAUUGUGGCGCUGCUGCGGGCGUUGGUGGCUCAGAAUGGCAGCGCAGGCGAGGGAUCGUUGCGCGCAGCCGCAUGGGAGCGGCGUGUGAGGGAAGAGGUGGCCGAGAGCAGAGCCGCCGGCGCCGCGCACGCCCGGGCCCGGCUCUCGGCUGAUGGCGCCAGCCGCACUGCUGCGGUAGCGACCUUUGCCGCGCUCCCGGCCGCGUCGGCGGAAGCAAAGUCGGCGAUGGCAGACGCGCAAGCCGAGCUCCGCUCAGUCUUGCUCGCCCAACUCAAUACUGUAGCCCCCGCGCCAGUCGCUACCUCGCUCGCGGCGUCGCUUGCCCAUCGGCAAGCCGAUGCUGCCGCUGCGGCGUCGGUGGCGGCGGUGGCCACAUCGUCGGUCGCCGCCGACACAACCCCGUCGCCCGGCACAGCAGGUCGAUGCCGAUCGCGAGUCGAUGAGCAAGUGGCUGCCAAGAUGGCGGAGCUCCGCGCCGCACGGCGCGCUGCACAGAACUCGUCAGCCCAGCUCGGGGCUGACCCGCUGCCGCCGCCGCCGCCGUCGCCACGCCCACCGCUGUCGCCUGCAGCUUCGCCUGUUCGAUACCCAGGAGCCUCUCCCGCGCGCCGCUACGCCUGGCCGGCAUACCCCGCAGAUCCACCGCAGGGCGGUUCGCUGCUCUACACCCAGCCCGCGUCCGAACUCGACGGUACGGUGCCAUCGAGCCACUGGCGCAUUCCGCGGUUUGCCGCGUCCGGCGCACAGUACACCGAUGUCGCCAUGUCGCCCUCGCUCACGUCCUCGAUCCCGGCCUUUGACGCCGCCAUCAUGGCCUCAUCACCCCAGCACCACUAG